UCGCAGGGUUUUCCUCUCUUCCUCUCUUUUUGAGAGGGCACCGUUAGAGCAGGACGAAGGGAAGAUCGUCGGUGAAAGAAGGCAUGGCGGCACCAGAAGCUCCCCUCCGCUAUGUCGGUAUAGAGAAACAGUCUGCGGCCUUUCGCCUCAUGAAGCAAAUGGGAUGGGAAGAAGGCGAAGGACUCGGGAAAGACAAGCAAGGAAUUAAGGGAUAUGUCAGAGUUAAAAACAAGCAAGAUACUACAGGUGUUGGUUUAGACAAAGCUAAUAACAAUUGGGCAUUCGACACCAAACAAUUUGAUAACAUUCUUAAAAGAUUGAAAGUGCAAGUAGCUAAACCUGACCAUGAAGAUCCUGAGAAAAAUGAUGUUCAAGGAGGCACAGAGAACAGUGCUUCUGAAGACGAGGCUGAGGAGCAGGAUGUAGUAGUUAAACCUACUCGACCACAGGGGAGAUACAAGAAAAGAGAGAGGGGGAAGCUUGUCGGCGCAUAUUCUUCAAAGGAUCUUGAGGGAAUUCUUGUCAAGAAGGCUGACGACUCAGAAGCAGAUCAUGAUCAAGCUAGUCAGUUGGAGCAGUUGGAGUUGACAGAGACACAUGAACCUCAUUCUUUUGACCCUGAAGGGACCAUGGAUAAAGAUGUUUCACCAGAAUGGUGGGGUUAUAAACUUGGAUUUGUCUCAGGUGGUUUUCUUGGGGCACAACAUGCAACAAAAAAGGCCUCAUCUGAAACUGCUCAAAGCUGUAAUAAGAGGACUGCUUUUUUUGAAGAAGAUCAAGAGAAUCUUUACAAACUUGUCCAGGACAAAUCCACAAGUGGAAAGCAAGGACUGGGCAUCAAAGAUCGUCCCAAAAAAAUUGCGGGCUGCCACUGGAAGGGAAAGAAGACAUCUUUUAGUGACAACGAGGGAGAGAGUCCUGCUAAUAUAAUGUGUUCCAUAAAACGAAAACACACGGACAUGCUAGAUACAGAUAUGAAUGAGGAUGAGCAGAAAGUGAAGUUGAAAAAGCUGUGCAAACAAAUUUUAUGUCAGGUUCCAAAUGGAUCAAUGAAGCUCAAACAACUUAAAUUACUUAUUGAUGAACAUUCAUCUGCUGUUUUUUCCAAUUUCUCUUCAAGGCGGGAUGCUGUUUCAUACUUGAAGAAGAAGCUAGAAGGUAGUGAUAAGUUCCAUGUCCUGGGGAAGAGAGUGAGUCUCUCAUCAAAGAAAGACUGAAAAUCUUGUUCGGGACUACGAUGGAAAAUUUUGUUAGGGGCUUUGAGAAGUGUAACUAUUUGUACAUUGAUGCGUACAUCGAGCAAAAUGCAGUCAUUAAUUAUCCCGUUAUAUAUUUGAUUGAGCUUAUGAAAAAUGCUUAAGCUUUAUUUUGCGUUGU